CCUGUCAAGUCUUUUACACUCAAAGGCCCAGAUCCCCCAUCGACCUUCUGUUCCCCAUCGCCUAACUGCAGGCUCGCCCAUGCUGCGGCAUUACGACAUCAGAACGCCCGUCUCACACCCCCCGGCUUUCGAGAUAUUCCUAUACCCAACGUGAGCCUCGCGCCGCCCACAUCAUCGCGGUCGCCUCGAGUCUCUCUACCGACUGUUGAUACGAGGCAUUGGGGAGUUGAUCGCCCCAAGCCUCGACGCGCAAGUGUACUUGCGCUUUUCAAGAGGAGGAAAAAGUCUUCGAGAAUUGACCUCCCUACCAGCAAUAUAUAUUUCUAGAGAGGAACGCUUUGCGCGCAUUGUCACCCAUCAUGGAUUCCAAUUCUGCCGGAGGCUCCGGCUCGAGCAACUCCAGCGACUUCGUUCGUAAGCUGUACAAGAUGCUGGAGAAUCCCAGCGAUGAGAGUGUUGUUAGAUGGGGAAAUGACGGCGAUAGUUUCGUUGUGCUUGAAAAUGAGAAGUUUACGAAACACAUUCUUCCCAAGCAUUUCAAGCACAGCAACUUCGCCAGUUUCGUCCGUCAGCUGAACAAAUACGACUUUCACAAAGUGCGACACAACAACGAGGAGAACGGCCAAUCGCAGUAUGGCCCUGGCGCAUGGGAGUUCAAGCACCCUGACUUCAAGAUGAACAACAAAGACGCGCUCGACAACAUCCGAAGAAAAGCCCCCGCGCCGCGCAAGCCCAACCAGGCGAACGUUGAUGACCUCGGCAUGCCGUCGCAGCAGAUGGACAUGGUCAGCGGACAAUUGAUGGCAACACAGGCACAAUUGCACACCCUGGAGCAACGUUACAACGAGCUCAGUAUCCAUCACUCGAUGCUGUUGCAGGAAGUCAUCGGCCUUCAAAAGACUGUUGUCAACCAUGAGCACGUCAUGCAGAACGUGAUGACGUUCUUGCAUGGUGUGGAUUCUCAGCAGCGCAGAAACAGCAAGCUGCUGUUCAAUGGUGCAUCCAGACAAAAUGGCAACGCUGAGCCUCCAGCACAAGCUAAUGAAGACGAUCACCCAGCCUCACCAUUACAGCACGCCUCCAAGCUUCUGAGCGAGACGAACGCCGAUGUUAUGUUGAACCCAAGGAACCUGGAGCACAUGAAUGAGAUUACCAUGAGGAUGAACGGCACGUUGACAACACCACCUCCGGACGUGCUACGUGGCGGUACUAGACCCACUAGUCGUGGUCCACCCUCGGCCACGUCGACGGGCUCCAUGCGUCUCGAAAACCUCGACAACCUGGUCUAUCCCGUUGGUCAGAACAACGGAAUCGAUCCAAUGUACAGCGAGCACAUUAACAACAUCCCGUACGCAAUGCCGCCUAAGGCGCCAGACGCAGGCGAGGCCAAGCCCGUAGAAGUCAGAAAGAAGGGCCUGUUCGCGGACCCUGGAUGGAUCCGCCCACCACAGAUUCUGCUGGUUGAAGAUGACCCCACGUGCCGUCGCAUUGGAAGCAAGUUCCUGUAUGCUUUCCAUUGCGCCAUCGACAGCGCUCUUGAUGGACUGGAAGCCGUCAACAAGAUGAACGCUGGAUCCAAAUACGACCUGGUGCUCAUGGAUAUCAUCAUGCCCAACCUCGAUGGUGUCUCGGCUUGCCAUUUGAUCCGACAGUUCGAUACCACGCCGAUCAUUGCCAUGACAUCGAACAUAAGAAGUGACGAUAUCUCCAUGUACUUCCAGCACGGCAUGAACGAUGUUUUGCCCAAGCCGUUCACGAAAGAGGGCUUGCUUCACAUGCUUGAGAAACAUCUGGUUCACCUGAAGAAGCCGUCGCCGCACGGCGAUACGAUGCCAGCUCCUCAACCGGUUCAGGUGGCUAGACAGCUUAUCUUGAAGGAAGAGGACUCGCCGGCCAAGUCGCCUGCGACUGUCAGCAACUGGAACUCGCCGAGCCAGCUGCCCGGCGUUUCCCCAGUUGGAAGUAAUAUGACCGACGAGUAUGCCCAAGGCUUGCAGGUUCAACAACCACAUCACCCAGGUGCUUAUGGCGUCAACCCUAUGCAACCAGGCAUGGGCUUCACUACCUCACCUCAGGUGCCAAUGCAGGCGAGACAACAACAGCAACAGCUUCCUCCAGCUGGCCAUCGAAGACAAAUAUCCGACAUCUCCGGAGGAGAUGAUAUGAACAAUCCAGCAAAGCGACAGCAAAUGUUUCCACCACAGAUGCCAGGCCAGAUUAACCCUAUGCAGUCGAGGCCGCGAUGAGUCUAACGGAUGAGCAAAUAUGUAUAGCACUCGUAGCUGGUAUCUCCGUUCUUUACAAUGUCUCACCGCCCCGCGUGCGAAGCGCUCCCUGGCGGGCGGGUAGUCAUUCAAAGUGUAAUACGAAAGGAUGGCAAAGAAAGACAUCCGCUCCCGAACGCUCUAUGAGUUGAAAUGUAUUUCAACCGCUCAGACGUUUGGAAGGGUCUUCGCGAACUGAGGGACACUUUUGCUUUUUGGUUCGACGGGAGUUAAGGGACUGGGCAACGUCCGAUUCGCAGCCCAGGUGUAAUUAUAGGGGGUUCAUUAGGAAGCAUGGGCUUCAGGACAAGAUGUGGUUUCUUAGGGAUAGUCUCAAGUUCUUCACUAGAACAUGGACGCCAUUCAAUCACAAGAACCCAAUUCAUGCCAGGUACAGCACGCCUACAAAUGUUGUACCGUGUUGCGUCCAUACCAAUCUUCAAUUGCCG